AUGGCAAGAAAAGAGUGUUUCAUUGUAGCAGAGGUUCGGGGAAGCAAGGAUGUUAACAAAGAUAAGAGGUUUAAUGUCGACACUGGGAGAGGGAGUAGAGUUGCUUCUGAGGAAAGAGGAAAUGUAAGAUCGCUGCAGGGUUCGAGAGAUGUUCUGAAGACAUCUCCUUGUUCGAAGGACUCUGGUGGGGAGCUGUCUAAGAGUAUUGAGGUGAAGAAGAAUGAAGAAGUGCACGGAGAGAGUGGCAGUAGCAGUGAGAUGGAAGAAGGGGAACUGCAACCUGAAGCUGAAGGUUCACCUGCACCUGAAAGGGGAAAGCCCGAACAUGAAGAACCAAAACCAGAAACUGAAGCUGAACCUAAACCUGAAUCUGAACCCAACCGAAAUUCCAAUCAGGUCCAAGCCAACAACAAGAAAUGA